AUGAAUAUGCCUGAAAUCGAUAAAUAUUAUACUGUUCAAGCACAUACUGUUCUUCGUCAAUAUCUUGAUAAUAAACAUUGGUAUGAUCGACAAAAACUAACAUUACGUGAUAUACAUAAUUGUCAAUAUGUUGCAGGUAUGAAUCCAACAGCAAGAAAUUUUACAACUGAUUCACGUAUUCAAAGAUUUUUUGCUGUUUCAUUUCCUGGACAAGAUUCAUUACGAACAAUUUAUAAUAGUAUAUUAUCUCAAUAUUUACCUGCAUCGCCAAAUGCACUAUUUACACAAGCUGUACAACGUUAUGCACCACAAUUAGUCGAUGGUGCACUUGCUGUACAUCAACGUGUUGCAGCAACAUUUCUACCAACAGCUAUUAAAUUUCAUUAUAUAUUUAAUUUAAGAGAUCUUUCAAAUAUUUUUCAAGGUAUUCUAUUUGCUACUGGUGAAUGUGUUAAAACAACAAAAGAUCUUGUUCGUCUUUAUGUUCAUGAAGCUGAAAUUGUUUAUGACACUGAGCGUAAUGAUGAACCACAAGUAGAAGUAAUUGACGACGAAAAUAAAUCAAUUAAUUUCGGUGAAGACUGUAAUAAAAUAAAACAUGUUUGUGUUCUCAAUAUUGUUUCACGUUAUACAGUUGAAGCUAUUCAUGAUCAUUUAUUCGUUUUAAUAGUACAUUACAUGAAUCGAUUGUUGGGCAACAAACGACGAGCAUCAUUUGAUGUUAAUCAACGUCCAUCGUCAUUUAAAGUUUAUUAUUUAGGAAAUGUAGCAACAUCAUUAACAAGAGGUGAUGGUUGUGCUGAUCGACCAGCCAAAAUUCUUUGGGAUAUGCAUAUAAAAAACCAAGGACGUUUAGGAAGAAAGCUUCGUUUAACGGUUACAAAUGGUGGUUUACAAGCAGACAAUUAUAUAAAAACAGGAACACCAAAUGAUACUACACUUUAUUGUACAAAUCGUAUUGCAUAUUAUCUUAUUGCUGAUAAACUUAAUCCAAAAAUGUUUAUUUGGGUUUAUAGACAUGUUAAUGUUCGAUCAGGUUUAACGACUGAGCUUCGUUGUCAUGCAUGUUUAUGUUCGAGUGAAAAUGAUGCUAAAUCUCUUAGUGAUUUACUUCAUCAUCAUUUACAAGAUUCUUUACGUGAAUAUGUACGUGAAAAGCAUCGUCGUCAAAUAAGUCGAUUAUCCGUAAUAUCAUCAUUAAAUUUACCAAAUCUAACCAAUACAGAUAAAACAAUGAAUGAACCACCUAAACGUUUAUUGACUCGAAGUCAGGCAUCGAAUUAUCGACCAUCAUUAGCUCGAUCAAUGUCAAAUAUUGGUCUUGGACGUAUGGAUGAUAUUGAAGAGAAUGAUGAUGAACUAGCCAGUGAAGCAACAACAACAAUGUCAACAUCAUCAACAUCAUCUAUUGAUUUAAUCACAUCGAAAUUGACUGAUUUAGAUACAGAUAGAAAAAUGAAAUUGUAUGCACAUGCGCUAUCUGAUAUUCUGUGA